AUGUUCUUAACGAGAUCCGAAUACGAUCGUGGUGUGAAUACCUUCUCUCCGGAGGGUCGAUUGUUCCAAGUCGAGUAUGCUAUGGAAGCUAUCAAACUCGGUUCAACAACAGUUGGAAUAACCACCCCUGAAGGAGUCGUCUUAGCAGUUGAGAAGAGAGUACCCUCCCCAUUGUUAGAAUCAUCCUCAAUCGAGAAGAUCAUGGAGAUCGAUUCGCAUAUCGGUACAGCCAUGUCGGGUCUGACGGCAGAUGCUCGAACGAUGGUGGAACAUGCUCGAGUGACCUCUCAAAUGCACAACUUCACUUACGACGAGAAGAUCGGUGUGGAAAGUUGUACUCAGGCUGUGUGUGAUUUGGCAUUGAGGUUUGGUGAGAGUGUUGAGGAUGAUGAUGCUUUGAUGUCCCGACCUUUCGGUGUAGCUCUCCUUAUCGCUGGGAUAGAUGAGAAAGGACCACAAUUAUACCACACCGAUCCAUCUGGUACCUUUGUGCGAUACGACGCGAAAGCGAUUGGUUCAGGUUCAGAUGCAGCUCAACAAUCCUUACAAGAUGCUUUCCACAAGCAAAUGACAUUGAUGGAAGCUCACUCGUUAGCUUUGAAAGUAUUGAAGCAAGUUAUGGAAGAGAAGUUAGAUGAAAACAACGUUCAGCUUGCUCAGGUCACAAAAUCAAAAGGAUUCGAGAUUUUGGGUGAGAAUGAAUUGAAAACUGUCAUAGAGACACUUGCAGCAUGA